AUGUAAUUUUAUAUUGCAGACUAAAGCUUGAUAUAAAAUAUUGUAGUUUCGCAAUAGCCAUAGCCAACGCAAUAUAUUAAUUACAAUGUAAUCAAGGUAUUUAUUUUAGAUGGGUGUAAGAGCACCAGAUUAGAAAUCCUUUGAAUUUUUAAUUUAGCAAAGCUGCUUAAUAUUAUCAGAAGUAGAGCAACUGUAUCAAUACGUUCAAGCUCCAAUUGCUAUCAGAAGUACAACUCGCAAGCUCACUAUAUAGUACCAGCGUCUUAAUUACAUUUUAAAAUAUAAAAUUAGAAUCAACAGCUGA